AUCGCGCUCGAUGAUGUCACGAAGGAGGCGGAGCUUCAGGGAGGAGGAGCGAGGGAGGUGGCGGUAGAUACUUAGCACCUAGAAAUACUCUUGGCAUGACGUCAAGGGAAAGAUGGAGUGUCGACAGAUAGGUUACCUCUUCUUGGGGUUUGCAGUGUUUGUGUCCGUCAUGUAUUGGUCUUCACCAAGUCAUGUGCAAGGUGAAGUCAGAGCUCAGUACAUGAAGAAAACUCGACCAAACUUCGUGUUCAUUCUGACGGACGACCAAGAUGUGGUCCUGGACGGCAUGCUUCCCAUGGCUAACGUGAGGAAUCUGAUUGCCAAGGAAGGCCUCACCCUCUCCAACUCUUUUGUUGCGAGUCCACUCUGCUGUCCCAGUAGGUCCAGCAUUUUAACGGGACAGUAUGUACAUAAUCACAUGGCCAUUAAUAAUUCACUAAGUGGCCAGUGCAGUGGCAAGAGGUGGCAGAUGGGGCCUGAGAAGAGGACUUUUGCAACCCAUCUCCACAAGUAUGGUUAUGAAACGUUUUUUGCUGGGAAGUACUUAAACCAGUAUGGCCAUGAGAAGGUUGGAGGAGUAAAGCACGUCCCACCAGGAUGGGACUGGUGGAUCGGGUUAAAGGGAAAUUCGCGAUACUACAACUACACACUCUCGAUCAAUGGAGUGGCUGAGGAGCAUGGGGUUGACCCUGACAAGGACUACCUCACAAAGGUCAUAAGCGAGAGGGCCCAGGAGUUCCUGCACAAGUCGUCAUUUGAGAAGCCCUUCUUUAUGAUGCUAUCAGUGCCGUCUGCACAUGCGCCCUUCACCCCUGAGCCCAAGUACUCUGGCAAUUUUUCUUCCCUCAAAGCACCCAGGACAGAGAACUUUAACAUCAAAGCAGGUGAAGGCAAACACUGGCUGAUGCGGCAAGGUGUUCAGCCUCUCCCUGAUGACGUUGUUGACAAAGUGGAUGAUGUCUUCAGGAACAGACUUAGGACACUGCUCACAGUGGAUGAUAUGGUGAAGGAUGUUGUGGAAUACCUAGAGGUGGUGGAUGAACUUAAAAAUACCUAUUUAAUCUUUACAUCUGAUAAUGGGUAUCACUUGGGACAGUUUUCUCAGCCCCUAGAUAAGAGGGAACCAUAUGAGACAGAUAUCCGGGUACCUUUUACGAUUCGAGGCCCUAACAUACCCUCAGGAAUGGUCAACACAUUCCCAACAACUAAUAUCGAUCUUGCACCAACUAUCUUAGACUUAGCUGGGGUACCAAUACCCAAGUAUAUGGAUGGUAUUUCACUGAAGUCAGAAAUAACUAAAAACAAAUCUACAGGUGUUCGAGUUGUGCUGAAUAGCAUUAGUCUUUCAGAUGGAGAGCUACUUAAGAGGGAGUAUCAGGCCCCAGGCUAUCCUCAGGUACGAAGAACCAUGUUAGUGGAACACUCCGGGGAAGGUGUGGAAAAAAAUAAAGGAUGCGAGUUCAUGGGCUCAGGUUUAUCUGGUUGUAAUCCAAACUUUGCAUGCAAGUGUGAAGACUCAUGGAACAAUACAUACACAUGUUUAAGGCAGGUAAGCAGUGAGGAAAAUUUUCUAUAUUGCAAGUGGGAAGAUGGUGAGUCAUUCCAAGAAAUGUAUGACCUGAAGAGUGAUCCACAGCAGCUGAACAAUACCAUUGGAAUAGUAAAGAGAGAUGUCCACAAGAAGUUGAAUAAUCUGCUUCGCAAUUUAAAGAGAUGUAGAGGGGCAAGGUGUGCAGAGCUGUCUAGUUUUGUUAUUUAGCAGCAUUAAACUGUAUAGUGUAAAUUUAUUUUUUAAAUACAGAAUAUUGUGAUAUAUAAAUUUUUAAUAAUGCUUUGUGAUGUUUCUAACUCAGCUCAAUGGGAGAAACCUGGGAAUACCAUGUUUAUCGAAUAUUACAUUGACAUAAAUUUUUUUCUUCAUUCUUUUUGUUGGAAAAAGAAUUUCCAACUUUGCCUGUUUUCUGUUUGAUAUUGUCUAUUAUGGGUUAUUUGUAGAAUAUAAAAGAUUAAGGAAAAAGAAAAAGAGUUUGGGCUAAAUUGGCAUCUCAGGGUUGAGGAGCUUGUUGAAAUCGACAAAAGAGUUAUUUUCAUUUUGACUUGUUUGGACACUGCAAGUUGUACAUGAUAAAAUUGUUGGAGUCAGCAUCCUCCUGUGAUAUUAGAAGUUAAGUUUACUUAUUGCUUCAAGUAACUAUUAAUGGUAAAUCAAGGAACAUUCACAUCACUGUAUUGUUUGUACAUACAGGAAAUGGGGACUGGUUCAUCCCAUGUUACAGAGCAGCAUGUUGUAUAUUACAACGACUUACUAAAUAUUAGCUAAACAGAAAUGUAGAUAGAACAUGAGAUAUUUUUGUAAAAUCCAUUUAUUUUUUGUUUUGUUUUAUAGGCACUGAUUAUGAAAAAAAAGGAAAUCUGAAAGUGAUAUUCAAGUGUUCAUUUCCUUGGUGAGGUCAGUAACAGUAUUAUCUUAUUGUUCUUGUUCAUCCUGCAAGUAUCUCAGUUCAUAGCCACUUCUGGAGAUGUGAAGAGUCUUGUUGGUGUGAAAUCCCUGAUUGGCAAAGAAUUUAAGAAUAUUGGAAAGGUAUUAAUAUUACUUUUCUAGAGGAGAAACCAUGGCACCUUAGCCUGGGAUAUUUCCAAUUGAUAAAA